GGUACACAUGAGAUCCUGUGAUAAUUGUUUUGUUUAUUAUUUUGUAAAUUAUUAAAUACCUGUACAGAAUAUUUAAUAAAGUAAAAUAUAAAUUGUAAAUGUUGUACCUUGGUUAGGUAGUUUUAACUUUAAAGCUUAAUUUUGAUUGUGUCCUGUUAGCGUAAAUACUUGCACACUUUUGAUCAAUUUAAAUACAAAUAUUAAUAUUUAUAUAUUUGUUUAUUUUAAAUUGUCUAUUUUGUACAUUGUAUAUAUAAAAUAAUAAACGAUCCUAUAAAAUGUUGGGAGAAAAGAGACCAUGUAGUCCAAAUAGUCAUAAAGAUGAAGAAAGCCCUGCAAAGCCUGAAUCAGAAAAAGAAGAUGAUGGUGAAGAUUGGAUUGGUCCUAUGCCUUCUGAAGCAUCAAAACCCAAACUGAAGAAAAGAAAAGUUCUACAAUUUGAAUCAUUGUAUCUGGAGAACCUUCCUUGUUCUGAAACUUAUGAGAGAAGUUAUAUGCAUCGUGAUGUUGUGACUCACAUUGUUGUUACCAAAACCGAUUUCAUUGUAACAGCUAGUCAGGAUGGCCAUUUGAAAUUCUGGAAAAAACAGGAUGAAGGUAUAGAAUUUGUGAAGCAUUUCCGUAGUCACUUGGUACCAAUUAGCCACAUCUGCACAAAUACUACAGGCUCACUGCUCUGUACAGUGUCCUCGGAGAAGACUGUGAAAGUAUUUGAUGUUGUGAACUUUGAUAUGAUCAACAUGAUACCAAUUGAGUUUGAGCCAUAUUGUACUGAGUGGGUACACUCUGCCGGUGAUCCCAUAUCUGCAUUAGCUGUUUCGGAGAGGAGUAGUAACAAGAUCCACAUAUUUGACGGCAUGCAGACAUCAGGGACGCCACUCCAUACAUUCACACACCACCAGAACGAUGUUGCCACUAUCAAAUAUAAUUCUGUGUAUGAAGUUGCAGUCUCCGUAGAUAAGGCUGGUAUAAUAGAAUAUUGGACUGGACCUAAACACGAAUACCAGUUUCCCAAAAACAUAAAAUUCACAUCGAAACUUGACACCGACCUGUUCGACUUUGUGAAGCACAAAACAUAUCCUACUGCUCUGGAUUUCUCUCCAGAUGGAAAGAAGAUGGCAUCCAUUAGCUUUGAUCGAAAGGUUAGAAUUUUCCACUUCUUGACUGGGAAGCUGUUCAAAGUUCUUGAUGAGAGCCUGCAGAGGUUUCAAGAGCUGCAGCAUCAGACCCAGCAGUUGCCUAAUAUGGAGUUUGGCAGACGGAUGGCUGCAGAACGUGAUCUUGAAAAGUCCGAGGCGGCCCAGUUGGCGAACAUAGUGUUCGACAGCAGCGGUCACUUCGUGGCGUACGCGACCAUGCUGGGAGUGAAGCUGGUCAACAUAACAACCAACAGGUGCGCGAGCAUGCUGGGCAAGCCGGAGAACCUGCGCGCCUUGCACCUCGCGCUCUUCCAGGGGAGGACAAACCAAUCAAAAGUAGCAACCACGUUAGAGAUGGAGGGCUCCGAGAACCCCACGCUGCUGAACAUCAAAACGGACCCCACGCUGUUCUGCACGGCCUACAAGAAGAACCGCUUCUACAUGUUCACCCGGCGCGGGCCCGACGACGUCAAGUCGCUGGAGACGGACCGGGACGUGUUUAAUGAGAAGCCGUCCAAGGAGGACAUCAUCUCAGCCACGGAGGGGCAGGGUGUCCAACGGAUAUACGAGCAAGCCAUCUUGCACACGUCCCUGGGUGACGUGCACAUCCGGCUGUUCGGUAAGGACGCGCCGCGCUCUGUGGAGAAUUUCUGCGGGCACGCGCGCAAUGGAUACUUCAACGGACACGUGUUCCACCGGGUCAUCAAGGGCUUCAUGAUACAGACUGGAGACCCCACCGGCACGGGCACGGGCGGCGAGAGCAUCUGGGGCGGAGAGUUCCCGGACGAGUUCAAGCCGCACCUGAAGCACGACCGACCUUACACCGUCAGUAUGGCCAACGCGGGGCCCAACACCAACGGCAGCCAGUUCUUCAUCACGCUAGCGCCCACGCCUUGGCUCGACAACAAGCACACGGUGUUCGGUCGAGUGGUCCGUGGUAUGGAGGUGGUGCAUAACAUCGGCAACGUGAAGACCAACCCCAAGACUGACAAGCCGUAUGACGACGUACGCGUCAUCUCCGUCACUGUCAAAUAACGUUCUUACUUGUACAUUGAAAUUAAAUAACACUAGAUAUAAA